GCAAAUUCAGUUGAUCUCGGUUUGUUAAGUGAAGUGUUAGUUUCUUGAUUAAAUAUCGGAAUAGUCUGCUCCCGGAGAUUUCAAAAUGCAAAAACUUUGCGUGUUUGCGUUGCUCGUUGCAAGUUGCCUCGGACUUUCCCACGGGGCAACAAAUGACGACAUUGAAGCUAAGAAAUUCAUUAAAGAGGCCAGUGAUAAAUACUAUGAAUUAUAUAACAAACUUGCUGAUGAGAUUUUUACAUCUAUGGAUGCUGACGAUGAUUUUGAGCAGUUGCUAUCCAAAUUUGAAAAUGUUAAGAACAUUGCUGGUGGUCUCGCCGAAAUUGCGACAAAUGCAAAAAAUUUUGAUUUAAGUAAAAUUAAAAAUGAAGAAACAAAACAAGCAAUACAAACUUUGAAAAUGACGGGCGAUAUUGUUGUGUUAGGAGACGAUUUCGAAGAUGUUUUGUCGAGUGUAGUGUCUUUAAACGAACUAGCAUCUGACAAAGAUAUUGAUCCAUAUCUGGAUGGUGUAAAUAGGCCUAAUAAUGAAUCGUUAGCAUAUAUACCAGAUAUUCAAGAAGUAUUUCAGAAAAGUACCGACCCCGAGGAACUUAAAUAUUAUUGGACAGCUUGGCGUAACACCAACUACAUUUGGUCUUCAGCACAUUUUUUCGAAAUAGUUGAAGUCAUAAAGAAAGCAGCUAAAGCGUUCGAUUUUCCAAUACAUGCAUUUUGGUAUCGUUCAUAUAACACUGGAGAGAUGCUUAAAGAAAUGGAUGCUGUUAUGAAAGAUAUAAAGGAACCGUAUCAACAGCUACAUGCUUUUGUGCGUAAUGAAUUGAAGAAGAAGUAUGGAGAAAAUGUUAUUGAUGUAAAUGGACCUAUUCCGGUACAUAUAUUCUUACAAGUAUUAGAACAACCAUGGUAUGAGGGAAGUGUUAUCGAAAGUUAUUUUCCAUUUAAAGAACUUCCACCAUAUAACAAAUUGGUUGAGAAAUUCGAUGCUAAACAGAUUAUAGAAGAAGCAGAACGUUUUUAUCAAUCAUUAGGUUUUGAUCCACUUGAUGAAGAAUUUAAGCGAGAUCGUUUGAAGAUAAAUGAUGAAUCUGAUAAUGUGCAAAAUUGUAGAGCCUCCAUCUUCGAUGAUACACCGAAAGUUUAUAUGAAAUACUGUAAUUCUGUAGAUUUCAAAAAAUUUAUGCAGAAUCAUGGGUACAUGGGUCAACUUCAUUAUGCCACAGAAAAAAAAAAUUUACCAUCUUAUUAUUUCAAUUCUUAUGACUUGGAAUAUUCCGUGGGCGAGGCUGUUAUAUUAUCAGCAAGCACACCAAAACAUUUGACUGCAAUAGGCUUGGCUAAAGACUUUGAAUUUUCUAAUCACACUUUAUUUAACCGCUUAUUCCGUAUGGGUAUCCAUACAUUAUUUAACAUACCAAUCUACUACGUUCAUACAAGAGUUAUGCAUGAUUUGUUGGAUGGCACAAUUGAAGAUAAAGAAGUUAAUAAACAUUAUUGGAAAUUAAUGGAGGAAUACGUUGGUGUUGAACCACCAAUAGACCGUGAUGAAGAAGAUAUUGAUUUUACAUAUAAAUUUUUCUUAGACAUUGAAAAAAAUAUGCAAACCAAAAAAUUCGUUGGUGAAGUUCUCGGCUAUCAAUUUUAUAGAGCAUUCUGUAAGAAGACUGGACAAGUAACAGAACUCAACAACUGUGAUUUCUACGGAAGUCAUGAAGUUGGAAACGAUUUAAAGGCUAUGAUGGCAUUGGGAUCAUCGAAACCGUGGAAAGAGGUUCUUGGGAAAGUUCUGCCUGAUCCAAAAUUAAGUGGAGAUGCACUUAUUGAAUACUAUACUCCAAUAUUCGAUUGGGUUGAGAGUCAAAAUAAAGAAAGUAAAGCUAAAAUUGGUUGGAAUGCUACCAAGAGAAAAAUACUUUGAGUUCCCGUGCGACGCAGUUUAGGCUUGAUUAAAUAUUGGAUAAUGAAAAACUAGAAACAAUUUUUAAGAUUAUAAUAUUGAUUUUAAAGACUAAUUAAUAAAAAUAAAAUAAAAAGUUUUGUA